AUGGACCUUGAAAAUACCCUCCACAAGUUAGUAUGCUGCCAGAUCAUCUAUAAUGAGCUCUCCAAAUUAAAAAAUUCCGAUGAUGGCAAAGAUUCCAUAGAAUUGCCAUUCAUCACCGCGACUUUGAAAAGUAAUCCAUUAAUUGGAGACUCUCUCCGGCAAUUUUAUUCAGUUUCGGAAUCAGAAAGACCUAAUAAAGACAAAACCACCACGACUUUGGCCGCUCUCAAGAUUGAUGAUCAUUACGUGCUCAAUAUUUUGAUUUCCAACAUUCAGUUGCUAUAUUUCAAGCAGAUCAAAAGCCAAGACAUGAAUGAUAAUAGUAACUUGCACAAUAAUCAGUUAUUUUCCAUCAGCAAAUCAUCAAAUGAUAAGAACGAUCUCGCUAGCAUUAGGAUCCAGUUGACCCAGCCGAUCGAUCUGAAGCUUGGGUUCGUCAGAAAUUUGAUUUAUCAGUUCAGUAAUAUCGUCAAGAAGAUGUUGUUGUACGAUAUCAAAAACCUUGAAAAAAGCUACAAGAACUUCUCGGAGGACAUCAAAUUGAUUGAAAGUGGAAAAUUCACCGAAGAAAUGCUACUUAAAGAUGAUCAAGAUUUCCGAUUAAAAAGAGGGCACAGAUCACAUACUGCUACUAAUAGUAAUAAUAAUACAUCUACCACAGGCGUACCUGAGAAUAAUAAGAGUAAUAACAACAACAGCAACAACAACAACAACAACAACAACAAUAAUAAUAAUAAUAACAAUAACAACAACAACAACAACAACAACAACAACAACAAUAACAACAACAAUAAUAAUAAUAAUAAUAAUAAUAAUAAUAACAACAACAACAACAACAACAACAACAACAACAACAACAACAACAACAACAACAACAACAACAAUAAUAAUAAUAAUAAUAAUAUUCCUAGGAAUAUUAAACCUGAACCGGUAAAGGUUGCCGAUGAACAAUCAAUAGCUCCAAAGAAAAUGGGACCAGAACCUGAAAACCAGAACCUCAAAAACUUGUCAAAAGAUGAAAAAUUUCAAACAGCUAAAAACAUAUUGCUACACAAACACAACAUUAAAAGCGGGGAUGAUAUUAAUGAACAAAUCAAACAGCUACAAGAAAAGGUUAAAAGAGAAGUAUCUCAAGAAUCGUUGACAAAAAACCACCAGGAACAACCUAGCAAGGAAACAAUUAACAAAGUACUAACUAUGGAUUCAACUCUUGAUCGCCCCACUUCCACCACGCCUGGGGUGGCUCCAUUUCUGGGUUCUACCUCCAAAAAUAUCAAAUCGACAACUACUCCACCAGCACAACCAAAGUUAAAUAUCCCAUUGAUUAAUACUGGUUUUAAAAAAAGCAUUCAAAGUAUUAACCCUGCCAACAGCGCACUUCUUGAAACUUUGAAGAACAGACUCCUCAAUAACAAUAACAAAACCAGUAUGGACCUUAAUAGGGAACGAGACCUUGCUUUGACUAAAGAAAUUCUUGAAUCACGAAGAUCAAUAAUGCAAAAUAAUGCCAACAGCAACAAAGUGGUAAAUCCUGCUCCCCAGACCGUUUCUCAAGUUAAUGAGGCAAAGUCUCCUGAACCUAUUCCAGAAACUUCAGUAAAUGAGAGCAAAGCCCAAGAGAAGAUUUUAAUUGGAGCUGAUGAUGUUGCUCAUGAGAAGAAGGAUUUGCAAACCACUAGACCAGAUGUAAAGAAUGAUUUGGAGAAGAAGGAUGGAAAUCUACAGGCGGAAAAUGGUCAAGGAGAGUUAGCAAGUGAAGGAAAACCAGAGAAUGAAAAGAAUAAUGAAGAAAAGUCUGUCGAAAUUUCGAAAAGCCCUGUCAUGGAAGCUGCUGGAGAUAAUGCUGAAAUUUCCAACCAGAAGAAAGUACUGAGUGAUGAAAGUAAUAAAGAUAUAAAGCAUAAGGAGAAGAAUCUUCUUGAGGUAUUAGAGAAGAAUUCGCAUAAAUCAGAGGGUAAAAAUGCUGAUAAUGUGGUCGAACCAGAAAUAAAUGUUCAAAAAAAGGAAGGUGGUGAAGACAAGAAGGUUAAAGAGGAAGAAGAUGAUGAUCUAUCUAGAAGAAGAACCAGAAGUAAACCAGAUCAAAGUUUGGAAGAGAAAAAUUCCUCGAAUGAUAAACUCAAUGAUGACCAGGAAGUAGAACAGGAAUCUUCUGAACUUGAAAAUGAAACAGACGGAGAAUCAGAAAAAAAAAUCGAACAUAAAAAGGACCAAGAAAAUAAUGAUGAGGAUAAGGAUGGGAAAGUGAAAUUAGAAAACGAAAAUGAAAAUGAAAAAGGACAAGAAGAAGUUAUAGUUAAAGACGAGGAGGAAGAUAAGACGGUAACUUCAGAGGAGGAAGGUAGAAAUUCAAGAGAAGGGAUAUCUACUGGAGAUAAGCGAAAAUGGCGUAGCUCGUCGGGAUCGCGCACACGCCAAGCCAAGAAGAUUAAAACUACCAAAGAUUCACCUGCUGCAACAGGAUCGGCACCCCAGACAAUUAACAAGAAAUUCGUGGCGGUGUCUCUACAACUUCUUGCCAAUAUUUCUUCGUUCAAAUUUUCAUCACCGUUCCUAGUUCCUGUCAAUGAAAACGAUGCGCCAAAUUAUUAUUCUGUGAUUUAUGAACCAAGCGAUAUCAAAACUAUUAAGGCCAGGAUUAAGAGUGGAGAAAUCACCACUCAUUUGCAACUUGAGCGGGCGUUGAUGUUGAUGUUUGCGAACUCAGUAAUGUAUAACAGAAGUAACACCGAGAUGAAUAGAUGGGCUUGCGAAAUGCAAGAAGAGACGUCAAAAGUCAUUAACCUAUUUACCGAGGCAGAAAGGGAUGCUCAGAGCUGA